AUGGAGGAGAAGGGGGGGGGGCUGGUGCCGCAGAUCCCCUCCCCCCCCACUGCUGCACCCGCAGCAGGGGGGAGGGCACCGGGGCCGCGGUUAGGGGCGGCAGGUAGCGAGGGGCCAUGGCUAGGGGCGAUGGGGCCAUGGCUAGGGAUGGGCCCGGGUGCUGGGCAGGUGCGGGGCCAGGCGUUGGGCAGGUACGGGGCCGGGCGCUGGGCAGGUACAGGGCCGGGCGCUGGGCAGGUACGGGGCCGGGCGUUGGGCAGGUACGGGGCCGGGCGCUGGGCAGGUACGGGGCCAGGCGCUGGGCAGGUACGGGGCCGGGCGCUGGGCAGGUUUGGGGCUGGGCGCUGGGCAGGUACGGGGCCGGGCUCUGGGCAGGUACGGGGCCGGGCUCUGGGCAGGUACGGGGCCGGGCGCUGGGCAGGUACGGGGCCGGGCGCUGGGCAGGUACGGGGCCGGGCGCUGGGCAGGUACGGGGCCGGGCGCUGGGCAGGUACGGGGCCGGGCGCUAGGAAGGUACGGGGCCGGGCGCUGGGCAGGUACGGGGCCGGGCGCUGGGCAGGUACGGGGCCGGGCGCUGGGUAG